AUGUUUGGAAUGCAGAAUAUAUAUUCAACACCUUUUACUAAUAUUUUUCCAAGUCAUGAAAUGGUUUUUAUUUUAAAUUUAAACUGUACAAAUUCUAAUCAACUAUUACAAUAUGCCAAUGAUAUCAAUUUAUUUCGAUCACCAUAUCGAUGGAUAAUUUAUAAUGAUAAUAUUGACAUCAAUUACGAAGAUCAUUAUCAACAAUUUUUAGAAAUGUCAUCAAGUAUUAAUACUUUAGUAGAUUCUGAUAUCAUUUUAAUAUUACCCAUUAAUAAUACAGAUUAUAAGUUAAUACAAGUUUAUCAAGAAGCUGUAAAUUUCACGUUAAAACAAGAAGAUUAUGCUUAUUGGAACCAAAUACAUGGAUUACAUGAUAUCAUUGAAAAUCAUAUAAUCGCUACACGACGAAUCAAUUUAAAUCAGGUUGUCUUAAAAACAGUCAUUGUAAUUACUGAUAAUGAUACCUAUGGCCAUUUAACUGAUUAUAAGGAUCCUGAUGUAGAUUCAAUAACAAAAGCAAAUUAUUUUAUUGUGAAACAUGCAGCUGAAAUAAUGAAUGCUUCAUUAUCCUAUAUUGUGGAGCGAACAUGGGGUUAUCGAAAUAAAACUACAAAUCAAUGGAGUGGCUUAAUUGGACGUUUACAUGAAAAACAUGCACAUAUUGCUGGUACUGCAUUAUUUAUGACAAGGGACCGUGUACCAAUUGUUCAGUACCUUACAAUGGCUACACCAACUAAAUCAAAAUUUGUUUUUCGUCAACCAAAAUUAAGUUUUGUUACCAACGUUUAUCAGUUACCAUUUCAAAUUAAUUGUUGGAUAGCAACAAUUUUUUUAGUUAUUAUAACAGGAAUGUCAUUGUAUGUUGCUACUAAAUGGGAAAACAAUUAUAAACAUAGGCUUCAGAAGGAUGAUGACUCAAUACGUAUGGAUGCCAGUUUGGAAGAAAUAAUAUUUAUAUCCGUUGGAGCUGUCUGUCAACAAGGAGCUCAUGCGUUGCCGACACUUGUGUCAGGAAGAUUAAUUUCUAUUCUUUUGUAUUUUGCGUUAAUGUUCUUAUACACGUCAUAUGCAGCUAAUAUUGUAUCCUUACUACAAAUGCCUUCCACAAAAAUCAAAACUUUAGCUGAUCUUUUACAUUCUCGUUUGGAACUUGGAGUACAUGACACUGUUUUCAACCGAUUUUAUUUUCCUGCAUCAACAGAACCAAUUCGAAAAGCAAUUUAUGAACAAAAAGUUGCACCCAGAGGAAAAGCUGAAAAAUUUAUGACCAUGGAAGAAGGUGUUCAACGUAUGCGUGCUGGACUAUUCGCAUUUCAUUUCGAGGAAGGUGCUGGUUAUAAACGAAUACAAGAAACAUUUUUUGAACAUGAAAAAUGUGGAUUAAAGGAUUUAUCAUAUCUUCAAGUUCCGUAUCCAUUUUUAUGCGUACAAAAAAAUUUAUCGUAUACGGAACAUCUAAAAAUUGCAUAUACUAAAAUUAAUGAAAGAGGUUUUAAUAAUAGAGAAGUAAACCGAAUAUAUACGAAAAAACCACAUUGUGAAAGUCAUGGAAGUGGUUUUAUCAGCGUGGGCUUAGUAGACUGCUAUCCACUAGCAGUUAUUCUUUGUAUUGGUGUACUAACAUCACUUUUUUGUUUCUUUCUAGAAGCUUAUUUUCAUUUGAGCAUGCGUAAAGACAUACAUAAAAAAAUAUACAGAUGUUGUGAAAGAAAACUCAAAAAAAUUGGAUGA